CAACAGAUGGUCGCUGACUGUGCACGCGUGUGGUUAUCGGAGAUCAGUAAACAGCCAAACUAAACACCGAAAGUUAUUGUAAUAAAAAUGCGUGGAAUAUGCGAAAUAAUUAAAAUGCGGCCGCAGAUUUAUUUCGAAUUUUGAGGCGUUCGGAUGCGUCGAAAAACUCUUUGGAUCUAAACGGAAUUACGAAUUCUGAGAGGUAUGCCCUCGUCGCUGUGUUUUGUGUUUAUUUUCCCAACAAUGCGCCGCCAUUAAAAAGUGGAAAGCGUGAAGAUUUCGCACGGAGCCUCGACAUUUACGACUUUUCGUACCCUGAUCCGUAAGUGGGCCGCGGAAAUUCGCUAAUGGCCUGCCGGACGCUCCGCAGUUGUCGGUAUUUAUUAUGAUUGUUCUCCCGAACGCGCUUCAAUGAAUCGGAACUGCAAGUGGCGAAUUAAUCGAAAGAAAAUAUUAUUCCAGCGCGAGUCUCCCGGGAAAAGAAAUUUUUUUCCAUCUGUAAUGAAAAGUGACUUGUGCGGCCAAGGAAAAGAAUAAAUAAUAUGCCAAAAUUACUGAGCUCAGGAAACCGAAAACCGAUUCCGUUCCACUCAAUGGAAAAUUAAUGAAUGUGCAUCGCGCGUAAUGAGAUGUAAACGAGUGCUGCAGUUCAAUACAAUGUACAGCCGAAAAGCAAUUUGCCUAAUGGCAUUAUUAAUGGACUUUCAAUAAUUAAGCAUAUAUCUAGCAUUAUAUUGAAGCCAUAUUUUGGGCACCUACGUGCUGACAGGAAUAUUGGGGCAAUUAUAAUGAAAAUUACAUGAAGGAUUAACCAUCUGAGGCCACACAAAUUGUGUGCGCCAGCAUAUGUACAAUAGUUAAACCUGAGCUUUCGUUGAAUAAUAAUUGCGUUAUGGCAAAUGACUUUCUUUUACGACAUGUUUUUGAUUUUUAAUCUUAAACAGGGCAAUGCUAAAUACGAUUUUUGUAGUUUGUAAAAAUUUAAUUAAAAACGAACAUUUUAGGUUUUUAUAAAAAUACAUAUUGUGUCAUUCAAUAUAAGUGCAAACGUUUUCAAGAAAAAUCUACAUUUUGUCAAUUAUAAUCCCCUAAAUAGUUUAAUAUCCAACAACAUACUUGCUAAAAGUACAUUUAAGCUCAUUUGUUCUGAAGCGUCCCCUUUAUAAGUAGAGCCUUAAACUAAGUAAAGCUUUUAAGACAAAUGCUAAGCUAAACAUUGUUUAAGUGGGCCAAAAACAUCCGACCGAGUCUGCAAAAAGUGCAAAAAGUUAUGCAUACCAAUGCAUGCAAAAGUGCAACGCAACCCCCAAAGGCACUUUAAAACUGCAACAGUCUUGAGCAAACAUUUUUUUAGCUUUGGUGUGGGUGUUGCUAGCACCAAGGAUUAAGUUGUGUCCCAAACUUGGCUCAAUUUCGUGAAUUUAUGCACAAUUUUAAUUAAGUUUAUUAUGCUGACAGGCAACUUGGCUGCUGUCUCAAGACGGGUUGAGAAGAUUAAAAGCUAGAAGUUUGCAUCCCCAGAAACAAAGGCGUCCUCAGCAAGAAUGCUUCCAUUUCUUAUAAUUUUAAGACGGCAAAGACAAAAACAGUGAAAUCCCCAAGUGCAGUCCGAAUUGGAAACUAAAUGAACAACAGUUGAACAACAGCCAAAAAAACUGAAAGUCACUAGCAGGCGAAAAGACAACAACCGUCGGCCAAAAAGAACAAUACUACACUCCACGGCUUAUAUAAUACAUAUCCCCGGGGCGGAGGAGAUUGCCAGAAGGAUGAUAAUCAGCAUGAACCAGACGGCGGAGCACCUCAGCGGCUACGUCAGCAGCAGCAACAGCGGCAGAUAUCUCGACGACCGGCAUCCGCUGGACUACCUGGACCUGGGUCCCGCCCGCGCCCUCAACGCCACGGCCGUCAACACCUCGGAAAUGAACGAGACCGGGAGCAGGCCGCUGGACCCGGUGCUCAUCGACAGGUUCCUCAGCAACCGGGCCGUGGACAGUCCCUGGUAUCAUAUGCUCAUCAGCAUGUACGGCGUGCUGAUUGUGUUCGGGGCGUUGGGCAACACGCUGGUGGUCAUAGCCGUGGUCCGGAAGCCCAUCAUGCGCACGGCCCGGAACCUGUUCAUCCUGAACCUGGCCAUAUCGGAUCUCCUGCUCUGCCUGGUCACCAUGCCGCUGACCCUGAUGGAAAUCCUGUCCAAGUACUGGCCCUACGGCUCCUGCUCCAUCCUGUGCAAAACGAUUGCCAUGCUGCAGGCACUCUGCAUUUUCGUGUCGACAAUAUCCAUAACUGCCAUCGCCUUCGACCGCUAUCAGGUGAUCGUGUACCCCACCCGGGACAGCCUGCAGUUUGUGGGCGCGGUGACGAUCCUGGCGGGGAUCUGGGCGCUGGCCCUGCUGCUGGCCUCGCCGCUGUUCGUCUACAAGGAGCUGAUCAACACGGACACACCGGCGCUGCUGCAGCAGAUUGGGCUGCAGGACACCAUACCGUACUGCAUCGAGGACUGGCCGAGUCGCAACGGGCGCUUCUACUACUCGAUCUUCUCGCUGUGCGUGCAGUACCUGGUGCCCAUCCUGAUCGUCUCGGUGGCCUACUUCGGCAUCUACAACAAGCUGAAGAGCCGCAUCACGGUGGUGGCCGUGCAGGCGGCCUCCGCCCAGCGGAAGGUGGAGCGCGGGCGGCGGAUGAAGCGCACCAACUGCCUGCUGAUCAGCAUCGCCAUCAUCUUCGGCGUGUCCUGGCUGCCGCUGAACUUCUUCAACCUGUACGCGGACAUGGAGCGCUCGCCCGUGACCCAGAACAUGCUGGUGCGCUACGCCAUCUGUCACAUGAUCGGCAUGAGCUCGGCCUGCUCCAAUCCGCUGCUUUACGGCUGGCUCAACGACAACUUCCGCUGCAACGUCCACUCGGCGGCGCGUCGUCGUCGCAAGCUGGGCGCCGGCGCCGACCUCUCCAGGGGCGAGCUCAAGCUGUUGGGUCCGGGCGGCGCCCAGAGCGGCACCGUCGGCGGCGAGGGUGUCACCGGUCUGGCGGCCACCGACUUCAUGACCGGAGGCCAUCACGCGGGCGGACUGCGCAGCGCCAUCACCGAGUCGGUGGCCCUCACGGAGAACAUGCCCUCGGAGGUCACCCAACUGAUGCCGCGUUUGGAACAGUACUAAAUUGGCAAUCAAUCCUGGAGCAGCGGGAGGCUGGAGCAGCGUUCGAGUGAUGCGACUUCCGAUUCGCUCUUAGAAUUUACAGAAAACAUAUAUUGUUCAGUGAUCCAAAGCCAAGCUGAGUUACACCUAAGUUAAGACACAAAACUAGUAGAAAUCGCGAGCAUCUCAUCACAUCCACCAUCAAUGUCGGACUAAGUCUAAGGUCUACUUUCGUUUGAACACUUUGCUAUCGAAUGCCGGAAAGUAAUUGAUUGAGCCCCCAAUUGAAUUUCGGGUAUUUGAUAAGUCGAAUACGCCUAAGACCUCGAAUAAGUUCCAUUUAAAAAGUUCCUAGGAAACACUUUCAUUUUCUCUCAGAGCUAUUUAUUUCUUGUUAUCAUCUAAGCAUAGGAUUAGCCUUAAGUGAAGUUAUGUUUAUAUUCUCUAAUGAUAGGAUAACUUGAAAGUCACAAAACACAUGUGAAUUUAUAAUAUAGUCCGUAAUUGUAAAAAAUCUUUUAAAUAAAUGUCAGCAGCUCUAAAACAUCCGAAUGUAAAAUGUUUAAUGUCUUUCAAUGACAGACUCUACGCAAAAACUAUAAAAUAUUUUAAUAAAUGUUGUUUACAAGUCCUGCAUAA